AUGCCUCUAAUUUCUCCCAAUGCGCUUCUCUACGCCCACCUGAAGCAGACCCCGCCUCGACGACCAUCCAAUCGAGCCCCUUCCGAACCACGACCCAUCCAACUCAACGUCGGGUCCUUGACGCACUGCAAUGGGUCAUCACUAGUCAAAAUCGGCUCGACCACAAUCGUUUGCGGCGUGCGCGCAGAGAUCCUCCCAGUCACCGAAAUCCCCAGCUUUAGAGUCACAAAAUCCGGCUCUGGCUCCUCGUCAUACACACCUACCGCCCCAGUUGUGCGGGACACACGGAACAAAAACGACGACAAUGACAGCGAAGGAGAAUACUCGCCCAUCUCGCUAUACAAUUUGGUCGUUCCCAACAUCGAGCUAGGCACAGGUUGUUCACCGAGACAUCCGGCCAACGCGGCCCCGUCGACGGAAGCACAGUCGAUAUCUCAGCGGUUGCUGUCACUACUGCACACGUCGCAGCUCGUUAGGUCUUCUGACCUGGAAAUCAUCUAUACUCCACCAUCGAAUCCUGAAAAUCUAGAGCUCGGCAUCGACACCGACCCCCAGCUGAAAGCCUAUUGGACUCUAUACAUUGACAUGAUGUGCAUUAGCCAUGGAGGAUCUCUGUUCGACGCGGCGUGGCUGGCGCUCUAUGCGGCGUUGAAAGAUACCCUGAUCCCCAAGGCGUGGUGGGACCCUGAUCUGGAACAGGUGCUCUGUUCCGCGGAGGUGAGCGAUGCCCGCAGACUUUCGUUGCGAGGGAUGCCUGUACCGAGCAGUUUUGGCGUUUUCGUGCCUGAAAAGAGAGUGUUGGGAACUCAAGUGGUUGGCAAGCACACAGAAAACUAUUGGGUGCUUAUGGACACGGAUGGGUUCGAAGAGGAGGCCUGUGCCGAGGUCGGGUGUAUCACUGUCGACAUCAGGGACUCGAAAACCAACACACCGUCAAUACUGCGGAUCGAAAAGAACGGCGGGUUCAAUGUCGACGUGGAACAAGUGCUGGAAAUUGUUGGACUGGCGGAGCGGAGGUGGCACCAGUGGAAAACCACACUGGACUCUGCCCUGACGAGCUCUUAA